UGUAAUUAUCCAACAGUAUAUCGUUGGGUAAUUCUAGCCUAGGCGACAUGGCGGCUGAACUCGAGUUGCCUCGAGUUGUGAUGAUGAUUCUGGUCGUGAUUCUCAUCGUGGUUGGGACUAUCGGCAACCUGUCUAUAAUUCUCGUCAUCUCUUUGACCAAGGAUCUUUGGACCACGACCAACACCUUCAUUAUUAACCUGGCUGUAGCGGACCUGUUUGUAACGAUCAUUGUGGACCCGUAUAAUGCAGUAGGGAUCCACAGGGAUCAGUAUUUACUGGAUCAUCCGGUCCAGUGUGAGGUGGUGGGCUCCAUCUGCGUCAUCACGUGUUCCGUUUCCUUAGCAACAGUGGCGACCAUCAGUUUCAACAGAUUCCUGUUUGUGUGCUACAACCCGCUUCACGACAGGGUUUGUAUAUAUUUGUUCAACCAGAUCUUCACUAAAAAGCGUUGCGGAGUGAUGGUGCUCUGUCUGUGGCUGUACGGAGGUGUGGUGGACCUCCCGCUUCACUUCGGCUGGGGUAGUCAUGGAUACGACCUGAAGACAAUGGGCUGCACAUACGACCGGACACACACAUACGGAUACACGCUAUACCUGAUCGUGAUGAUUGUCAUCCUCCCCCUGUUGACAGUGGCCUACUCCUACACCAACGUCUACAUGUUUGUGCGCCAUUCGCGCAAGCGCCUUGCAGGUGCCCUGAACGAGGCAAAGGUGAAACAGGAUGACCUCAAACUUAUCAAGACCCUGGUGAUCAUGUGCGUGAGUUUUUUCAUCUGCUGGUCCCCCUACGCCAUAGUGGUACUGGCCGACUUCAAGGACAACUGGCCCCAGACUGUGCAUAUCCUCGCUUUGAUCAUGGCGCAUGCGUCAUCUAGCAUCAACUGCGUCAUCUACGGUUUCACCAAUGACAAGUUCCGCCGCGGACUGUUCCAUUUGGUGCGGAAGGUGAGGGUCCAGGCCGACUCGGAAAACGCCCAAGCUGCCAACCAACCUUCUCACCCCCCAACUGCUAUUGAAAUGUUCAACAUAAACAAGCCUAUUGCACCAGACAUGAUUGUGGUGUCCUAAAGUCCUCACACUAUGUUAUACAUUUAUGGUGGUGUUUUUACUAAAUGUAUAACUUUUUGGAGAAAAUUUGUACAACGCAUUUUACAGAUGAGGUCAAGAAUCAGUUCUUG